UGGAGGUGGCUGUAUCGGUUUGUCCAACUCGAAAAGUGAAUGGAUGCAAUGGUGUUCGGUCGUCAUCUUGCUCUUGAAAUGCUCCCUAUUCUCUACUCCACGUGUACAAGUGUACCCAUAGCAGGGAGUGGAGGCGAUCAGCCGCAGGGUGAGGGUGCUGCGCCAGGAGCGGCUGCUGACCAGCCACCUGCGAGCGGGAGCGAGGUAAUACCCAAGGAGGAAGAGAAGAUCAAAGAUCCGAAGGAGGAAGCUGAAGAAGAGGAAGAAGCCGUUGAGGAAGACGAAGGCGAGGAGAAGGAGAAAUCGGAUGACGAUGACGAGCGGGACCCAGAAGGAGAAGAGGAUGAGGAUGAGGACGAGGAUGAAGAAGAUGAAGAGGAAGGGCAGGAGCAAGACGAAGAGCCGAAGGGGCCACCCCCGCACAAUAUCUUUUUAAUCUCUGAGUUGGAAAGGCUUUCGGCGGUUAUCAGAGCAAUUGAAGAAGACACAGGUGUUGUGCCAUUGGGCGCCAUGGUGGUCAACUCCAACAAUGACGUCAUCAUUAACAAGUUUUUCACAGGUUUACCUUACAUAGACAAAUUGGACUCUUAUGUACACAUCCACCAUGGGCCAACUGAGAAGCCUCUGUCAAAGGACAUCCGAGGGGAGCGUGGUGGGCGGUGGUCCGGGCACAGCCCGUCGAAUAGUCCAAGGCCGUCGGAGCGGUCCGGGCACGCGCACCUGCCACCACACUUGCAACCUCUGCCUGACACGGACGAUGAGGAAGGGGACGAUAGACGGUCACAGACCGUGCCGUUGGGAAGCGGAUCCACCCAAGAGUGGGCGGCUACAGAGCUGUUUGGAAGCCGUGACGGCGGUAAAGGGCAGUCGUACACCGAACUCCUCCAGCAGGGGCUCAGCGACACCGAUGGCGAUGGCGGUGUGAAUCUGUCGCUUGGACUCGGCAGCGGGACGUCGGCAGCCGUCUCUCGAACGGUCGUCGUGAACCCCCAUCCCGACGACGAUGGCGGCGACGUGACGGCUGUUCAGCGAUCACCCAGGUCUCCAGCGCCGCUGCGGGAGGCUUCGGGGAACAACAAGGAUCCUCCUAGGCAGCAAUUUCGGUCGCCGUCUGUGUGUAGGGGCGCCUCCGCUCGCCCCCAGUGGAUGCAGUCUCCGUCUCCCCUGUCCGCCGGUUCGAGUGCAGGUCGUCGUGUUGGCGAGUGUAGGGAGACAGCGCCUGCCGUUGCUGAUGUUGGUGACGACUCAAACGAGUCUUCGACACGUGACGGAAAGGAGGUGUGGGCAGAACAACGACGGUUGAUGAGGUCGGUACGGGAGGAGUCCAUAACUCGGGGGGUGCAGCUAUUGCGUGUUGGGGAAGACGGGCACGACGGCGAGGAAGCAGGGGCGGACGCGCACGACCCCGACGGGAAUGACAACGGCGCUGAAGGUUGGGAGGACGACGUAGGCAACGUUUCGCCGUCGAAGCAGGCGGCCGUUAUGGGAGGGAGGGGCGGGAAGACGAAGUCGUGUGGCGGUAAUGGUCGUCGGGGCAAAAGGACGGCAGGCAAGGGCAGCGAUGCCGAAGGUGACGUCGAUGGUGAAGGAGGUCGUCACUUCUGGUCCGUCGACGACAUUAUAGCCCUCAUCCGGGCUAAACGUGAUCAGGAUGCGCAUUUGCAGGGGAUGGGCCACGCGUACGCUCGGAUGAAGCCGCGGGAAUGGAAGUGGCUGGAUGUGGCGACGAGGUUGAAGAAGGUGGGCGUUGACAGAGAGGCGGAUCGGAUGCAGCAGUUCAAGAAGGUUCAUCAUUUCCAAGGACUGUCCGGGAAACAGGACUUCUUCCAAUUGUCUGGGAAGGACAUGAUGUCGAAGGGCUUCAGUUUCAAUAUGGAUCGUGCGGUUUACGACAAGAUACUGGGGUCGACCGUCAAGAACCACACCAUAAACCCGAAGAAUGUCGCGGACACUGGCGCUCAGGGUGGUGUAUGUCUGCCAUCCGCCUCCUCUGCGGAUCCUGAAUCUGUGGGCGACGGGGACGGUGGUGCAGAGCAUGACGACGACGACGACGGGUCCACCAAAGGGGUGAAGGUAGGCGAUGUCGCGGGGGAGGGGGACAACGACGAGGCAUUGGUGAACAGGCUGCGCCAGCGGAAUACGCGGGAAGGAAUGGAGGCGGCGGCGAAGCUGUGGGUGGAUGACCUCCGCUUCUGGAACGAGAGGGAGGGAUUUGCCAUCGUCAAGUUGAUCGCGGAGGCGCGUGGUUAUCUUGUGGCUGUGGCGCGGGGAGAGCAGCCUCCGCCCAUUCGUCGCAGCAUCGUCUUGCCUCACAACAGCAUCCCACAACAGAAGAUCGCGGAGGAGUCGGAGUUAAACGCUGCGAAGGAGAGGGCGCUAAAGGUUCAGGGGAUCGCUUUGCGAGUGAUACACGGGUGGGUCUUCAAGUCUCAGAACAGGCAAAGGGGGUACCACGCGGCCUACCAGUACGCACUCAACCACGCGGCCAACGACAUCGCUCGCGCGAUGUGGAUGGGGGAGGACUGGCGUUAUUGUGUGAGUCCGAUGGUCGUCCACCACACGCUCGACAUGGAUAUGAAGCUGCCUUUGUGGUUCGUGGGCGCCGACAUCGAAGACAGGCACGAGGACGACGGCUUGGCGGCUUAUCAGGAGGCGAGCAUCCAGCGACUGGUGGGGGCUUUCACGAGCGCCGUGAUCAUUGCGGAGGCGACGGACGGCGGCCGUAUAUCGCACGAAAGGUUGAAGACCAUGGCCGACGUGAUGCGGAUGAUGCUCGCGACGACCAUGUGGCUCAUGCGGAUGGCGGGUGACGAUCAUCGCGCGCAUUACGACGCCUGGGUCUUCGUCCAACUCACGGCGAAGCCGACGCUCGUCGCAUCCAUGCAUCGCUGCUUCGACGCGCGUCGGCACAUCGUGCAAGCUUCGACCGUAAUCACUGACAAGUUGGCGAGUCCCCCCAUCACUUUCAUCGACCCUCCAAUGUAUGUUCCCGACUGGGUGUCCAUCGGUGUGAAGUUCUCACACGACGCCACGCUGUCUUCCCCGAUGGAGGCGAAGAAGGUGGAUUGGCUGGGCACAGGCCCCCCGGAAGACGAAGACGGCGGGAAAGGCGACGAACAGGGAAGCGGGGGGGGUCGAUGACGCCUUUAAGUCGUCUAUGUAGUUUUUCCUCACGUGAUGCUGCUCUGCCGUGGCUUGUUUUUCGA